CAUCCUCCCCUUUAAAGCGCAACUUCGCAGCGUUGUCAACGAGUACGAGUGCGCGCGACGUCCGGGACGGCGGGUGAUGGUCUCGUACGCCGAGAAGGAGGCAAGCCGCGCGCGUUGACCUUAUAGCACCGCGGGGGUCGUACACACUUCUCACCUAUCCUCCCUAUUCUGUGUCGGCGGGUCGUCGUCGUUGUUUUCUUCCCUUUUCUGCAAUGCGCCGGUUCGCCUCCCUCCUGUCCGCCUCACUGAGCCUGACGCUGCUGUGCUGCACAACGACGCGGGGCUAUUUCGCGGAGGAGCGGUGGAGUCCGGAGUCGGCGCUGCUCGCCCCGCGGGUCCUGCUCGCCGUCAUCUGCCGCAACGCCGAGCACUCGCUGCCGCACUUCCUGGGGACCGUCGAGCGGCUGAACUACCCCAGAGACCGCAUGGCAGUAUGGGUUGCGACUGAUCACAAUGAGGAUAACACAACCGCCGUACUGCUGGAGUGGCUCACCAAGGUCCAGAACCUCUACCACUAUGUUGAGUGGAGGCCACAAGAAAAGCCCAGAGAGUAUGAGGACGAGGAUGGUCCGAAGCACUGGUCAAACCUCCGUUAUGCAUAUGUGAUGAAGCUACGGCAGGCAGCGCUGGAGUCAGCCCGCGAGAUGUGGGCCGACUACUUCCUGCUGGUGGACUGUGAUAACCUCCUCAUUAAUCCCGAUGUGCUGUGGAAGCUAAUAAGCCAGAAUAAAACAAUCGUGGCUCCAAUGCUUGAGUCGCGCGCUGCCUAUUCCAACUUCUGGUGCGGCAUGACCUCCCAGGGCUACUAUAGACGCACCCCUGCCUACAUACCCAUAAGAAAGCAAAUCCGAAAGGGCUGUUUUGCAGUACCCAUGGUUCACUCCACGUUCUUGAUAGACCUCAGGAAAGAGGCAUCUCGGCAGUUGGCCUUUCACCCCCCUCACCCAGACUACAGCUGGCCUUUCGAUGACAUCAUUGUUUUUGCCUUCUCUGCUCGCAUGGCAGAUGUGCAAAUGUUUGUGUGCAACCAAGAGACCUACGGUUAUUUCCCUGUCCCACUACGAACCCACAAUACUUUGAAGGAUGAAGCCGAUAGCUUCUUGCAUUCAUUGUUGGAAGUCAACGUGCGAAACCCCCCAGUGAUGCCCUCCAAAUACAUACCUGCCCCUAGCAAACAGCCAGACAAAUUGGGCUUUGACGAGGUUUUCAUGAUAAACCUGCAGAGACGGACUGACCGCCGAGAACGUAUGCUGAGGACACUGUAUGAGCAGGAGAUCGCUUGUAAGGUCAUUGCAGCUGUAGAUGGAAAAGCAAUGAACAUAAGUGAGAUUCAAAACAUGGGAAUCCAUAUGCUCCCAGGCUACAGCGACCCUUACCAUGGCCGCCCACUGACCAAAGGGGAGCUGGGAUGCUUCCUCUCCCACUACAAUAUCUGGAAAGAGGUUGUAAAGCGGGGUCUUCACACUUCGCUGGUGAUUGAAGACGAUCUGCGCUUUGAGAUCUUUUUCAAGCGUCGCUUGAAGAACCUCAUGAGUGAGGUGGAGAGCGAGGGGCUGGACUGGGACCUCAUUUAUAUCGGACGAAAGAGAAUGCAGAUAGAUCACCCGGAGAAAGCUGUGCCUAAUAUUCACAAUUUAGUGGAAGCAGACUACUCAUAUUGGACCCUUGGCUAUAUGAUAUCAUUGCAAGGGGCCAAGAAGCUUUUGAGAGCAGAGCCACUUAAGAAAAUUUUGCCAGUUGAUGAAUUUCUACCCAUCAUGUACGAUAAACAUCCAGUCUCUGACUACAUGGAACAGUUUGAGAGUCGGGACUUGAAGGCGUUUUCAGCAGAGCCUCUUUUGGUGUACCCAAGCCACUAUACAGGUGAUCCAGGCUACAUCAGCGACACAGAGACCUCCACUGUAUGGGACAAUGAGAAGGUCCGCACAGACUGGGACAGAGCCCGCUCGGGCAAGACCAAGGAGCAAGCCGAGAUCAGCACAGAGGCCCAGAACUCAGAUGUGCUCCAGUCUCCAUUGGACAGCACUGCACGGGACGAGCUAUGAGAGGAGCUGGGUGGGAAUCUGAUGAUACUUCGGAGGAAUGUAGGGCAUACCGCCUCACCUCUCAAGCAAUCUCUUUGUUAAUCAGCAAUCUUUCAUGAGACUGGAUCUAGCCUCUUUCUCAUUCAGAGCUGUUUCAAAAAAGGGCCUGUCCAAAUCCCAGUUUUGGAGACUGAUUCCUAUACUUAGAUUAUGAUACCACCAAGCAAAAUUGUAAGCAAUGGUCAUAAAUCUUACGAAGCAGAUUAGUUUCCAUGGCAACAGCCAGCACACGCUUGCAUGUUGCGCAAAGUGCCUGUGUCGUGUGACUUGGUCUAUGAUAUUUCUUCCUCAACACAUGUAAACUUUGCCCCAUGCCACUGCCAGUUAUUUACAGAUCUGCCGUGUUGGGUCUUUACUACACAUCUCCCUUAGAUCGGUCUUCAAAGCUAUGAUUGGCGCAUCCACCUUUAUGCCCCGCCCGCCCUUCUAGAAAAACACUCCAAAUGCAAUGCAGGCUAGAACCAAUCUUCAUGAAAGAAAUAUGGAUUGACUUUGUAAGAUUGGUCUGGCUCACAAGGCUAACGCCACGUUAGGUUUUGAAUUAUUGUUUAUCUUUUUGAGUUUCCAGUUUUUUACCAUCGCAGAGUUGAUAAUCUUUUUUCUUUUUGGGAGGUUUAAUUUAUCCAUUUGGAUGACAAGUCAAAAAGUCAAAGCUACUUAUGUGUUCUUUUUUUUUUGUCAGAUUUUAGAUUUACCUUCAUGAAGGCACUAGACUUGCCAUUUGGCAUUUGCAGUACCCAACCUCUGUCUGUCAUACAGAACAUACUCUGCACAAGUGGCUUAUGUCAUUCAGACUGUUACAUUUCUGUAGCUUCAUUUGGAGAUUUGCAUUCCAUUGUCAUGAUUUGCCGGUCUUCUGCAAACUAUGCAGUCAUGUUGUUUUUAUGCAGUUCUUUUAGAAAACUAGGUUUGCAUCUUAUAAAUGUAUCAGCGCCUUUUGUGAAAAUGCAAGAGGAUAGAAAUGUGCAUGUUUUUGCUUUUACUUAUUUUUUUACUUUUUAUUUUCUUUUUACACAUGGACAUGUCUAUCGUUAAUGAACCCAUUACCAAGUGCAUGAGAUGGCCGGGGAGCUGCCUUACAAAAGUAAUUACAGAACUCCAUUUUUGGACUUGUGUCAGCGCCUAUUUGUUGAUUUACAGCACCUUCUGUAUAUAGCGGCACAGUGCCUGAUUUUAGAUUUCCUUUGUACCAGUUUUGGUUAGUUUUCAGCCUGACGCCUCUAACCAGUUGCUGAGGUUAUAGGCGAGACUAACCAUCGGGGAAAAAAAGGCCUCACACUUUAUGGUUUGGGUGGCCUAUGAUUAUAAAUGGUAAUCAAGUUACCACAAAAGAAACCCCAUGACACCACAUUCAGACUCCGUCGGCCUCUCCUCUGUCUUUUUACAAGUCAGUUACAUCUGAAUUCAAACGUUUUGGGUGUGCACAAGUAGAUGAAAGACCUCAGCAACGGAAAAAAAAGAUGCCUGAAUCAUUGUGUAAAUCUGUUAAUUUAUUAUUAUUUUCCACAUUUUUGUCGUAGACGGACACGUUAGACCACCCCGAGGUUCAUUAGAGGAGGGUGAUGAGGUCUGUGUCUUAACGGCUAGAUGUCACACACACACUCAUUAGAGGAGGGUGAUGAGGUCUGUGUCUUAACAGCUAGAUGUCACACACAUACACACACACACAGCUGUGAUGAACUGUGCCUCCAAAC